AUUUAUUGCUUUAUAGGUAAUAGAAUCAUACUUCUUAAACUCAAACGGAUUUUACAUUUAUGUGAAUGAGUCUGUCCCUUUGUUUUUGGAUAUGAAUGGACCGACAUCUAAAAAUAAAUUAUGUUUCAUAUCUAAAGUAAAACCACCGUACAGAAAAAAAGAAAAUCGAUUGAAAUUUCGUGUAUGCAAAUAUGAAAAUGCUAGAGUAGCACAUGAAAACGCCGUUAAUGAUAUUUUGGGGAAACCUAUUUCUAUACCAGAUCCAUAUUUAAUAAAAAAUCCUAUUUGGUCUACAUGGGCCAAAUACAAAAAAAAUGUAGAUACUAAAACGGUUUUAGAUUAUGCCAAUCAAAUUGUGAAGAGUGCUUAUCCUCGAGGACAACUUGAAAUUGAUGAUGACUGGGAAACAUGUUAUGGUAGUGCAAUUUUUAAUAAAAAUAAAUUUCCUGAUGUGAAACAACUUGUAAAAGAACUGAAAUCUUUAGGUUUUAAAGUUUCUCUUUGGACUCAUCCAUUUAUUAGUCCACAAUGUGAAUCAUAUGAAUUUGCUAAAACAAAAGAUUUUUUUGUGAAAAAUACAACUGGCUCUAUUGAAACAGCUUGGUGGAAUGGUGCUGCUGCUUUGGUAGACUUUACUAAUCCUUCUGCUAGAGAUUGGUGGUCAGGAAGACUUAAAAAACUACUUGUUGAGACUGGUAUUGAUACACUAAAGUUUGAUGCUGGAGAAUCAAGUUGGGGACCACCAUCGUCUGUGUACUACGAUAAGGAUCUCACAUUUUUUCCUGACAAUAUUGUAAAUGCAUACAUCGAUACUAUAAACGAAUUUGGCAAUGGAAUAGAGUAUAGAACAGCAAGAAAAGUUCAAAAACACGGACGUUUUGUACGAAUGAACGAUAGAAAUUCGCGAUGGGACUGGCAGUUAGGAUUACCUACACUUGUAACUACUUUGAUUCAAUUCAAUAUGAUUGGUUAUCCUUUUGUUUUACCUGACAUGAUUGGAGGAAAUGCAUAUAGAAAUGAUACAGUGUCAGAUGAAUUGUUUAUCAGAUGGAUGCAAGCUAACACUUUUAUGCCAGCGGUUCAGUUUUCGUUGACUCCUUGGGAUUACAAUGAAAGAACGAAUAGUAUUUGCAAAAAGUUUAUGGAUCUUCACCAGAAAUAUGCAGAUCUUAUUGUGCAAUUGAUGGAAAAUGCUGUGAGCACUGGUACUCCAGUUAACCCUCCUAUAUGGUGGAUCGACCCAACUGAUACAACGGCUUUCUACAUCGAUGACGAAUUUCUUUUGGGUGAAGACAUUCUCGUUGCUCCAAUCAUGGUUCAAAAUGCUAUAAAACGAAACAUUUAUCUUCCAGCCGGUAAAUGGAAAGACGAAAAUAAUCCCAAUGGAUCUUUAAUUAAUGGUAGGAAAUGGAUA